CACUUUAACGCUAGCCGCCAUCAGAGUUCAACACGGGUAAUGUUAGGUUGAGUUGCUAGGGCUAAGUUUUCAGAUGCUUCAUGCAGUUGCGAAUAAAAACCAUAAGGAAGGUCAAAUUUCCAAACACUGGUGCAAAUAACAUUCUUCUAGCCACAAUGUCGACGGGAAAAGAUUCUCCGUUGAUAGUCCCAGUGCCCCCAAACUGGAUCAAUAUUGGUGACGAACUCGGGAGAUGGAAUAGCCUCAAAGUUGAACUUCAACAAAAUUCCAAUGAAAAGUUGGCCAAACUUCUCAUGGAUGUUUUUAACAAUUACAAACCGCUUACAACACUAUGCAAGAGAAUGGACGGAACAUCCUCAGAUAGUGAUGAGCCACCUGAUCAGAAAAUGGAGCCUGGCCUUUUCCUAGAUCACGACUAUUUAAGCUACUAUAACAACCCAGGAAGAACGUGUAAACCGAACAUAGAUGAAGUCUCGGAGGUCGAGGUGAUCAAUGAACCCUGCGUGUCUGAUAACGAGAGAAAUGACGGCAUGGCCGUGGGUGAUUCUGAAGGUGGUAGCGAUGUGAUCAGCGAGGAGAGAAAUGUCAAGAAGAAAGAGGAGACCAUCUACAUCUGUGAUAUCUGUUGUGCUAACUUUACAUCUGAAGAUGUUUUCUCUAAACAUAGAUUGACACAUUUAAAAGAGAUGCGAACUGUGUACAUAUGUAAGUACUGCAAUGAAGUAUUUCCGUACAAAGAACUUCGGGAUCUCCAUGUUAGUAGGCAUAGUGACAACACACCCAAUAUGUGUCAGUACUGUGGUGAAAUGUUUCUUCAAAGAGGACAAUGCGUGGAACAUGAAGUAUCGGAGCACUCGGCAGAGAUGCCGUAUCACUGUGACUGUUGUAAUAAGGGCUUUGUCAGCUUGAUAAAUUUGCAAAAACACAAGCGCAGGCGUCCGCACCAGGUGGAGAAACCUCACCGUUGCAAGUUUUGUUCCACAGGGUUCGCAAGGAAAGAAUCGAGGGUCCAUCAUGAGAUGAUUCACACGGGAGAAAAACCGUAUUCUUGUCAAUUUUGUGAGAAAACUUUCAGACGUCAGAGCACCCACCGGAGGCAUGAGAGAACACACACAGGAGAGAAGCCGUUCAAGCGUCGGUUUUGUGAGAAAAGAUUCCCAGAGACUAAGGGGCGGCAAUUUCACGAAAAAAGAGUACACACCGACCCGUUUCUGUACAAGUGCCAGCAUUGUCGUAAAAAGUUCAGAGACCAAAAAGACUGCUCUGAGCACGAGGCACUUCACCUCUUCCUUUGCCAUUUAUGUGAAAAACAAUUUUUGCUGAGAAGCUCCUUAGAGAUUCAUUUGAAGAAAGUGCAUGAUGAAUUAUCAAAAUGAAUCACUUAACAGUGAACUAUUAGAGUUGUAUGGGGUAUUUAAUUAAUUUAAGUAAUAAAUGAUUUUAUUUUGA